CGCUCGGUGACGGCAGCGUUACGCCAUGGGUUUGGUCACUCCCUGGCCUCCGUCCGCCGUAUCUGUAUCGUCUUCGGGAGCCUGGAUGUCAAAAUGACGUAGGGAAAUACCUCGUACACAUUGACGCACACUCCGCAGUUCUUUUCGGGGAAGCCGUUGGCCUUGUCGUUGGCUGGGGUCUCAACGCCCAAGGUAACUUCCGCUCAUCCAUCGGGGCCGUGGUUGAUAUCAACCUAUGGCGGCCCCAACACGCAGAAUAUGACUAUCCUCUCCGCCCAGGUGGCCGUUGCAAUGCUUUGCUUUGUGUCUCUUCGGUAAGUGUGUAUCUUCCGGCGGCCAGCCAGGCUCAUACCAUGAAACCGAUCACGCUGCGUUGUUCAAUGCUUCCAAAAUGGCAAAGGCACCUUCGAGCUGCCACAUACGGGUCGAAAAAGGCUGGGUCACGCACCGAUCAGGUCUCGGGAGGUUGUUUGCAGAGGCGCUGGUUCGCUACGCCUGUCGACAUCACUAAGGCUGCAAAUCAAGAUUCGGCCGACCCUAGGGAAAAGGUGGUGAUUCUAGGUAGUGGUUGGGCAGGUUAUGUCCUGGGCCGCCAGCUGGAUAAGAGAAAAUACCGCGUCGUUAUCGUCUCGCCUCGCUCCUACUUUGUCUUCACCCCUCUCCUCAACGACACCACCGUUGGGACCCUCGAAUUCCGAAACGUGCUCGAGUCCGUGAGAAAGAGAAAGAGUGGCUUGGAGUACAUCCAGGGCUGGGCAGACGACGUCAACUUUGCGGACAGGACUGUUACCAUCGAACCUUCAGUGCUGGAUCCGGAUGUAGGCCACGCGAUGACCGGGCCAAGGAAACCGAAUGAACAGCAGACGUCCAGCGGGUACGCUGUGAAAGGCGUCUUCCCUCAUGGACCGUGGCAAAAGGAGGUGCAGAUGGGUGGGACGGGCUCCCAUGAAGUUCCUACAUUUCCCAUACACUACGAUAAAUUGAUCAUUGCCGUGGGCACCUAUAGCCAGACGUUCGGCACCAAGGGUGUGCGUGAAAAUGCAUGGUUCCUAAAGGAUGUCCGGGAUGCCGUUGCCAUACGCCGUCGCAUCCUGGAGUUGUUCGAACUCGCACGAUUGCCCAUCAUCCCCGAAGAAACCAAAAAGCACCUCUUGCACUUCGCCGUUGUUGGCGGUGGUCCAACGGGCAUGGAAUUCGCCGCCUGCCUGUCGGAUCUGCUGAGAGAUGACCUGUCCAAAAUCCACCCGGAGCUGAUGAGAUUCGUCCGCAUCAGCCUAUACGACGUUGCCCCCAAGGUCCUCCCCAUGUUCGAUGCCUCACUCGCCGACUACGCCGUCAGACAGUACAGACGUCAGAACAUUGAGAUCAAAACCUCUCACCACGUUGAAGAACUCCGCAAGGGGUUCCCCAACGACGAAAAAGCCCGUCAGGAUCAGGCCAGUCAAGUCAAGGGAAGAGUAUACACGAUCCACACGAAAGAAGAAGGCGACGUCGGCAUUGGCAUGUGCGUGUGGUCCACAGGGAACAUGAACAACCCGUUUGUCGUAAAGGCGCUCAAUCAUGUGCGUCGGUUCCCAACAGAGUCGGCACAGAUCACCCAGGGUAAGGUGAGCGACCCGAUGCAACGACAAUGGAUCAUCCAACGUGAUGCCAGAACCGGCGUCAUCUUGGUGGACGACCACUUUCGGGUGCAUCUUACGACAGAGUGUGCCGAGGGCAUGAAGGAAGAUGAAAAGCCGAAAGCGUAUAUGAAAAAUGUCUUUGCACUGGGCGAUACCAGUAAACUGAUGUCAGGAGCCCUGCCCGCGACGGCGCAAGUCGCGAACCAGCAGGCCCUCUGGCUUGGGAAGACACUCAACAAGCACCCUUCACCUGAGGAGUUUGGCAAGCAGAAAGGUUUCACAUUCAGGAACUUGGGCGUCUUGACAUAUCUCGGCGGAGCCAAGGCCAUUCUUCAGGGAGGAAACGGAAACGGCAGCAGUGGUGGUGCCGCCAAGGGGAUCAAAGGGCUGGCCGCGUACCUCAUUUGGAGAGGAGCUUAUCUCACGAUGACGCUGAGUUGGAGGAACAAGUUCCUUGUCGUGGUGCAGUGGGUGGCUGUCAAGGUGUUUGGGAGGGAUGUCAGUCGAUUCUAACGGGUUGGGAUGGACAGUUGGGUUUCCGGGUUGCCGUUCUGGGAAUAUGACAGGUUUGGAAAAGCCGAUUGCUUGGGCCGUGUUAACGCGGCUGAACAGAGGUAGGGAUAGGCGUUUCUGGAUCCAGGAUGUGGUUAUCAUAAGCUAUCAUGGGUACAUGUAUGGACAAGAGGCGGGAGGACAGUUCCAAAAGCGCUGAAAUAGAUACACACAUCCUUCCUACCUCUUCAAGCUAUCAUCUAUCCAUUACAACAGGGGUAAAC